AUGUCCACGCGAGACUUGAUUGACGACCGCGCUGAGCUAGACGAUGAGGAAGAGGAGGAAUCCUUCGCUGGAGACGACGAUGGCGAGGAUGUCCAGCCUCGUCGCCGGCAAGAGCGCGCACAGGUCGACGACUCUAGCGAGGAGGAGGAUGACGAUGACGACGAGGAGGAGAUACAAAAGGUACAGGAAGGGUUUAUUGAUGAUGAGGACGAAGAAGCCGAAGACUCUGAUGAGCGAGAGCGCCGAAGGCGUAGAAAGCGUCGGCGAGCGGAGCGCGAUGAGGAGGCCCAGCUUGAUGAGGAAGAUUUAGACCUCAUUGGUGAGGCCAACCCCGAGUUCCAGAGUAGAGAACAGCCUCAGUCUCAAUACAAACGGCUCAAGCGCGGCCACCGCGAUGAGGACCGUCACAACAAACGACCCGCUGAACUGGCUGCUACCCUGUUCGAAGACGAAGACGAAGCCGGUGACGAUCGCCAGUACGCCCGCCCAAGCCAUAGCCGCGCCGCCCCCGACGAAUUCGAGGAUUUCAUAGAGGAUGACUACGGUGACGAGGAGGAGCGCAUCAGGCAACAAGAGGACAUGGAAGUCGCUCGUGGACGCGAUCGCCUUCUCGUCGGCAGCGUCAUGCAGAAUACUGAUCUGGAACAAGAGGCACUGGAAGACAUGGAAAGAAUCUUCGGCAACGGCGAAGAGUACUUGUGGGCUCUGGAGAAAGAGGAAGACGAGGAAGAAGGCAUCGAAGAGCAGCAACUCGAACUCAAGGACGUUUUCGAGCCCUCCCAGCUGACCGAGAGGCUUUUGACGGACGAAGACAACGAGAUACGUGCUACCGAUGAACCAGAACGAUUCCAGCUCGAUCGACGGCCCUUCAAAAAGUCCCAGAUCCAACCGGAUCUAAAGGAGGAGACAAAAUGGAUAUCGGAUCAGUUGUGGAAUUUCAAGCAGUACAGCAUGGACCCCAUGCUGGAAGGGCACUUCGCCAAAGCCGUCAGUAAGGUCCUGGAAUUCUUCAUCAUCGACUCAGUCGAGGUACCCUACGUAUUUCAGCACCGCAAGGACUAUCUCAUCCACGCGAGGAAAGCGAGAAACCCGGAUUACAACCGACGUGAUCAGGACUCGUCCGAAUUUGUUGUGCAAGCCGAGAAGCUCCUGAAUCAGGACGACCUGUGGAAGAUCUUGGAGCUCGAUACCAAGUUUCGCGGCUUCGUUGAGAAGCGAGCCGCGUUGGAGAAGAAUGCUGCCAGCCUCCGGAGCAUUGACGUUCAAGACAAUAUGCUUGAAGAGCAAACCUCGGAGGCAAAGCAGAUGGAGGAGCUCCAGGAUCUUCUCGAUUACGUCAACUUCAAAUACACGACCCAGCUGAAGGAAGUCACAACCUCAGACGGUGAAACGCUCAAGCGACCCGGAGCAAGGUCAUCUCUGUUUGACCGGGUCCGGAAGAGCAAGGCAUACGACUUUUUCCUGGCUUACGGCUUGCCCCCUGAGACCGUGGUGUCCAAUCGGCUCAACGCAUCGUCGAACGCAGGGUCGAGCACGCACCGAGUUGUCGCUGAUGAUCCGUCGGAGCACCCUGUCGACUUGGCAGACAGUUUGACGGAUGGCGACUUUUCCACUGCGGACUCAGUGAUCAAUGCCGCUCGCCAACUGUACGCCGAAGAGCUGUUCUCCAGUCCGAGAUUGCGCAAGUGGAUGCGUGAGCAUUACUUCUUGAACGCUGUCUUCACCUGUCGUCGUACCGACAAAGGACUGCGCAGGAUUGAAGAGUCGCAUCCCUUCUAUGAGAUUAAGUACAUCACUAAUCUCCAUGGGCAAGAUAUCGCCAGGAGACCGGAACUCUUCUUGAAGAUGAUGAAGGCUGAGGAAGAGGGUCUGGUCGAGGUCAAGCUAGCGCUCCAAGAUGAACGUGAGUUGAGGCGACAAUUUUACCAAGACCUCGCAUCCGACAAUUUCAGUGAAAAGGCGGACGCGUGGAACGAUGAGCGCAAGAAGGUGUUGGAUCUCGCAAUGUCGAAGCUGGACAAGAUGAUGGUCAAAGCCGUCAAAGAUGGCAUGCGCACAGGAUGUCAGGAAUCCAUUCUCAAGAUCUGCCGCGAAGAGUACACACGCAGGCUCGACCAAGCUCCUUACAAGCCCAAGGGGAUGGUGCUUGGCACAACGCCUCGCGUUCUAGCGCUCUCAAAUGGAAUGGGUGAUCCGAGCCGAGAGAAGAUCACGUAUGCCUGGGUCGAGGAAGAUGGGCGCGUAAUCGAGUCCGGCCAGCUGGGAAACUUAGCGCGGGACGAGGAGGCUUGCGAACAGUUUGCGGAAUUGGUCAGAAGACGAGAACCAGACGUCAUUGCUGCCAGUGGUUUCUGUGCCGACACCCACAAACUCAUCAAGGACUUGGAGAAUCUCGUCAACGAGAAAGGUCUCAUGGGACCUGAAUACGACGAUCAAGAGACCAACGAACUCCGCACAGAUUUACUCGAAGUCAUGGUCGUCAACGACGAGGUUGCCCGCCUCUACAAAGACAGCCCUCGAGCGGUUACUGAGCAUCCCACACUGGGCUCUCUGACCAGAUACUGCGCGGCACUUGCGCACUACCUCCAGAACCCACUCAAAGAGUAUGCAGCUCUUGGGAAGGACGUCAUCUCCUUGUCCUUCCACCCAUGCCAAAGUCUGCUACCGCCGGAUAAGUUGAACAAGUACCUCGAGACAGCAAUGGUGGACAUGGUGAAUCUCUGCGGUGUCGAUAUCAACGAGGCUGUCAAAGACCCAUAUACUGCCAAUCUCCUGCCGUACGUAUCCGGUCUCGGCCCACGGAAAGCGCAAGCUGUCAUCAAGGGCAUCAACAUGAAUGGGGGUGUCGUGACCUCGCGAGAUGAACUUGUGGGAGAUCCCGAUAACAACAAGCUCCCCGUCGUCGGCCCGAAGGUCUGGGACAACUGCGCAAGUUUCCUCUUCAUCGAAUACGACACCUCCAUUCCGGGGUCGGAGCCUUUGGACAACACUCGUGUGCAUCCAGAGGAUUACGAGCUUGGACGAAAGAUGGCAGCUGAUGCACUGGAGCUCGACGAGGAAGACGUCAAAGCUGAGACGGACGAGAAUGGGGCCGGCGCUAUCGUUCGCAAGCUCUUCCGGGAUGACGAGCAAGAGAAGGUCAACGAGCUCGUUCUCGAAGAAUAUGCCGAACAGCUGGAGGCGCAAUACAGCCAGCGGAAGCGGGCGACGCUUGAGACUAUCAGGGCGGAGCUGCAAGCGCCGUAUGAAGAGUUGCGACGGCAUUUCAUGACUCUCAGUUCAGACGAGAUCUUCACCAUGUUUACUGGGGAGACUAAGGAAUCUCUGGCGGAGGAUUCAAUCAUCCCCGUGAAUGUUCGGAUCGUCAAGGAUGACUUCGCCAUCGUUCGGCUGGACUGUGGUAUCGAGGGUCGCAUCGAAGCUCACGAGGUCUCAUACCGUUCUUCAGUCAAGGAUGUCCUCUCCGUCGGCCAGACCGUUCAGGCGAAAAUCUUGGAGAUCGACCGUAAAGCGUUCCUGGCCAAACUGACUGUCCGUGAAGACAUGCUACGUCGAUCCAACAGGAGGCACGACUACGACCGAAACAUGUGGGACUACCGACAGGAAGAAGAGGACAAGGAAGAGCUCAAGGAGAAGGAUAGGACUACCGGCAGGACGCAGCGUGUCAUUAAACACCCCUUGUUCAAGCCCUUCAAUGCCACACAAGCCGAAGAGUGGCUUGGAUCCCAGUCUCCAGGAGAGGUCAUCAUCCGGCCGUCGUCCAAGGGUAAUGAUCAUCUUGCCAUAACUUGGAAGGUGGCGGAUGGUGUUUAUCAGCACGUCGAUGUGCUCGAGCUGCAGAAGGAGAAUGAGUUCUCAGUCGGUCGUCUGCUCCGUGUUGGCGGCAAGCACUCGUACACGGAUCUCGACGAGUUGAUAGUCGACCACGUGAAGGCGAUGGCUAAGAAGGUCUCUGAGUUGAUGCAGAGCGAAAAGUUCCAGAAGGGCUCGAAGGCUGAGCUUGAGAAAUGGCUCACCACCUACAUGGACGCAAAUCCCAACCGUUCGAGCUACGCGUUCUGUAUCGACAAUAAGCAUGCAGGCUACUUCUGGCUGUGCUUCAAGGCCAAUAGGUCGUCGCGGGUCAUGGGCUGGCCGGUACGCGUCGUGCCGAACGGCUUCGAGUUCUUGAAGAACCAGUACCCCGACGUGAGGGCGCUCACGAACGGGUUCAAGAUGAGGUACCAGAGCGAGAUUCAGCGCAUUUCGGUAAAUGGCGGUCGGUGA